AAUGCCUGCGUUGCACAUUGCACAAUAGUGCAGGCUUUGUUAUAACCAUUCGUUUUAUUUCGACUCGUAAACACGGGCGAAAUUACUUCCACAGUACGAAACACGUCUCUGAUAUGCAUCUUCUAUUAUAUUAUACAAUUGUACUGGGUUCCUUAUUGCCAUUAAAAGCAGAGCAUAUCAACGUCACCAACUUAAACGUCACAUAUGUAAACGAAACACAUAUAGAAACAGUAGAAGAAAUCGAUCAUGAAAACGAGACAGCAAUAAAAAUCGAAAUACUGCAGAAAGAGAAAAACGAUCUAUACAUCAAAAUUAACAAAGCUAUCGACGAAGCUAUAUCAGAACUCGAGAAAAGUAAUGACACUGACGCAAUCACCGGUCACGAACAUUUGAAAACUUUGAAAAAUCAGAUAAAAGAAAUACACGAAGCUAGUAAUAGUGAUGAUGAUAAAAACUCCCGUGAUGUUAAUACUGACUUCAGGCGAAAGAUAUUAUUUAACAUUGAAACAAAAGGAGAAGAUGAUUGGUUAAAAAAUAAGAAGAAAAGGGACUUUUACGAUAAAUUGGUAAAGAGUAGAGACAAGCAGUAUACUAGUGUGCCGAGGGUGUUCAACCGGCAGAAGAUAGCGGAGCAGAUACAGCUGUGGCUGGCCAAGCAACAGGAGGAAAAGAAGAAGAAGAGGGAAAUGAAACUGCAGCUCGAAAUCAACUCGGAGCGUUGCCCCAACUUCGGGCGAGGCAGCAAGAGGAAGAAGACGAAUUCCAAGGGCGACAAGGCGGUCGCGCCCAGAUACUACCCCUGCUGCAGAAAGUGUUGCAAGAAGUCCUAUCUUGGAUGCUUGUAA